GAACAAGAUGCGCACACUGCACCAGGGUGACUACCAGACGCUGAACAUCUACCUCGUUGAAGGCGCCGGUGGAGGCGUGUGCUCGUUCCCCGACGGCUCGGGUCAGCCCAUCUCCCAAGACCUCCUCGACUUCGACGGCUGCUUCGUCCCCCUCGAGGCCGGCCGCAGCGCGACGUCAGGCACCCUCGCUCACGAGAUUGGCCACUGGUUCGGUCUCUUGCACACGUUCCAGGGCGGCUGCGACGGCGAUGGCGACUACUGUGAUGACACGGCACCGCAGAACGAGCCUAGCCAUGGCGCGCUGGCGACACCAGGGGAUCUGGGUAGUUGCCCUGCUGCGGACCAGUGUGGGAAGGGCCCCGCGAAUGUGAAGAACUUUAUGGAUUACACCGACUGCAGCCAGGAAUUCACGCCUUGCCAAGGCGGACGUAUGAACGUUGCCUGGUCGCAGUACCGCGUUGGGAGGGCUUUGGCUGAGGGCGUGCAGGUAAAGUGGUAGAGGGGCCAUUUGUGUCCUGUAGCCUGGGGCCGGCCGCAAUAUGUUGUUUCAGUUUCUCGUAUUUGUGUUUUAGCUUGGGGAUUUGCAUGGCGGGCGAUUGGGGGCUAGGUGUUUGGGCAUCUCAUUUAGGGCUUGCUGGUCACGGCCACUUUUACUUUCUCAUUGCACACUUAAGGCAUAGCUGCGAGG